AUGGCUCACCGGUUCUGCGUCUCCUUCUGGCUACUGGUCUGCUGGUUGGUGGUAACUGUGGCAGAAGGACAAGAAGAGGUGGUGACCCCUCCUGGGGGCUCACGAAAUAAUGGAGACCCCACAGACUGCCAGAUCUUUACCCUCACCCCUCCCCCCACCACAAGGAACCCUGUGACGAGGAUCCAGCCCAUCACAAGGACACCCAAGUGUCCCUUCAUUUUUUUCCCACGACGAAGGCCCAGAGUCUACAUUAGGUUUCCAAACAGACCUUUCCUCCCUCCAUGGUGCAACCGCCGUUUUCAGUUUCAUCCGUUUAUUUGGCCACGCGUUCGCCUUCCUCCUCGUUAUCAGUAUUUCCCUGGAAGAAAUGUCGGGAGAGGAAGCUCAUCUGAGGAAAGCAGAGAGAAGAGAGAAGCCCCAAACAUGCUGAAGCCAAAGAGGCCAAUGCCGCGGAAAAGAUUAUAAAAGAUUUCUGUUUUCUUUUUCCAAACUAAAACUAUUGGGUUUGAAGAUUAAGUAUCUUAAACACUUGAACACUAACUAGAAAUUGUUCUCCUUGUCAGCAGUGAAGAUACUUGGUUAUAGAUUAUUUAUGUUCGCAAAACAGGAGCAGGAACUACAUUCUUCUUAUCCCAAACUUUUUAUGAUCACAGGAUAUUUAAACUAAU